CAGUGCUCUGCCUACGACAUUGACUACAAAACCUUGCUUCUUCAAUGGCCUCAUCACAGGAAAAGCCACCGACUUAUCAUGUCGUCCCGCACUUCAAUAUUGCCGCCAAAGGUGGCUCUAUCCAGCUCGGCACUGUUGUUAACGACCUCCUCAUGCUUGAGCCACUCAAUCGAUUCAGUGUCAUCCCGCCCGGAAGACUAUGCUACCCACCAGUUUCCCACGGUGGCUUCACUGAGUCUCGAUCUCGACUCCGUGAGGGCUCUGGAGGUAUUUGGGCCAAAGCUCUCGUCGCCCAAGGCGUUGGCCUGAGCACCACGGCUAAUGCCGCUGCUGGCACCGAGCACGCUUCUACGGUGACUUGCGACGAGGUUGUUACCACGUAUUUUGACCCAGACCGCAACUACAUCUGGAAUGCACUCACGGAUCCCAAUAUCAGCGACUACUUCGCAGCUACAGAUUACAAAGAAGAUGUCUUUCUCGUCACUGGCCUCAAAGUAGCCCGGAACCUCCGCUAUAACGCGGCAAGUCAAGCGCAUCGCGAGCUUGGCGUCAGCGCUGAAGCAAAAGAGCAGACAGAUACAAUUGGAGCCGGAGUUCAGGCUCAGGCUGCUGGUAAUGAAGAUCAUUCGGUGUCGUUUACAGCCGAUGAUAUCGUCGUUGGAUUCAGAGUAAAGCGAUACGCCUUCGAGCGUACAUCAUGGAAUCCGCUGAGAAGCAAGGUGCUGACUAACGAGGACUACCUCGAAGGCGCUGAGAUGUAUACACAUAAGGAGACGAAGAGUGAGGACGAUGAGUCAAAGUACGAGGAAGUUCCCAUUCCGGAAGAACAAGGCGCCAGAAAAGACCCCGCAUCACGUCAAAGAGGAUAUCGAGCUUUGGGUCGAUCCCACAAUUUAACGAGAUUCAUUCAUUCCCUGUAAUAGGUGGACAUACAGAAC